UGCAGCUCGCCUCUGGUCUCCCUCGUUUCCUUUUCCCGGGAACUCCUCAACUCGCCUGGCGCCGAUCUCAUCUGUUGUUCAGACAUGACUGCUUGCAAGCAGACCGCAUCCACGGGCGCCGCCGCCACGUACGAGGCCGACAGCAAGUCGGCAGCGAAGAGAGAUGGAGCGGAGGAGCGGAAGCCCUCGACCAAGUGCAGGAAGGGGAAGAAGGCCAAGGGCAAGUUGGCGGUGAAGAGCAAUGGUAGGGAGAAGCCCAAGACCCAUGACCUUUCCGAUGUUACACGCGGGUUGGCGGUGAUGAGCAUUGCAAUGGAGAAGCCGUUGGAUGAACAGCUCGCCCAGCACGCCCUGUUCAUCUACCAGAACUACUUCUGGAUGGACAACUUCAAAGGCGUCUAUGACAAGCCGUCCGUAGAUGCUAUUAAAAGGAAAGCUGCUGAAAACUGGAAAUCCUUUAGCGAUUCGGACAAAGCCCCUUAUGUGGCCAUUGCACAUGUGAACAGAAUACUCCUUGCUGAGGCAUAUGAGUUCAAGAAGACAUUGAAGUUGACGCUCGCGAUGACGGACAAGAUGAUGAAUAUGAAAAUGUGAACAGACAAGAUCUCUAAGAUGUGUUUGAAUAGAAAUGUCUUGGUGGAUGGCACAAUUAGUACAACCAAC